AAGAAAGGCCCUCUCUGCAUGUGUGUGCCCUGGCAGAGAAAGGGCAGCUGCCCACAGUCAAAACUCACCUUGCAAUAUCUUGCUUUGCAAAACCUUGGACCGUUUCCUCCAGAUGCCUUUUCCUGAACUAGAAAUGUGAAUUGGUAGUGAAUCCAGUAAUGUUAUCACUCCGGAUCGCUGCCGUUCCUUUAGCUUUUUACCAAAAAAAGCAUCCUCAGUGUAGGGCCCUUCAUUCCUGCUGCUCCUGGGAUUGGUGUCGCUGUUAAGUCGUAAAUAUUUGGACGUGCUCCUGGUCCCGGUGCGAGAGUGGUAGCGCGUUAAAGCUCCGAAGAAAAGGUCCCGGUGAGAGGCGGGAAGAAAUAUUUCAACGUGGCAUCACCGGAGCAAGGGAGCAGCACGGGAGUCGACCGCACUUCCUCUGCACGGAGCGGGGGCGCAGCCGGGCGCCCCGGGUUGGGGUCGCCCGCUCCUCCCGCCGCCCCGCUGCCGCCAGCCCUGGGGGGCAGCGCCGCCCCUGCUCCGGGCUGACAGCGAGCGAAGGAAGACGCUGCGUUGGCAGGGAGUUGAGGGGCCCCGGAGGCGGCAAGGCAGGGGGCGGGCAGCCCCCCGUGCUCUCUCCCCGCUUCUCAGCGCCCCCCAAAGGUGCUGUCUUGCACCUUUGACCCGGCCAGGGACAAAACCCUGAGUGCCCCGGCUCAGCCGGUACCUGUCCCACCUCCGAGCGCACCUCUUGCCUGUCCCCCCAGUAAAACGCCCCGCACGGGCGGUGUUUCUGUUUUAAAGAACCCUCUGGGGGCUCUUGGGCUUUAUGUUAUGGUGCGCGUUGUGGUUUGUCACAUCUUAGAGCCCAGGUGCGUCGAUGGCUGUUCAGAGAAGGAUGUGGGUUUGCUUCCGACCUUGCCACACACAAGUAACUGCACGUUUCUUCCUAAAUUAACACGCGGAGCAGCUGUUCGCCUUCACCUAAAUUAGUGACGCUCCGUGAGCAGCCGGCACUGGAAUAGGUAUCCCCUCCUCCAUCCCGCCGGCCUCUCCGGCAGGGACCGCCGGCACAACGCCGAGGCGAGGAGGUCCCGGGCCCGCUCCCAGCGCCGGCUCUGCCGGGGGAGCGGGGAGCGCUCGGGGUGAGCCCGACUCCGCUCCAGCCGCGCGUCGGGCGGCCCGAGCUCCCCGCGGGGAUCCCCGGCAGCCCCUCCGCGGGUGCCUCGGCGUCUGGGGUGUGGGGGGGAAUCCCUUCUUCCCUCCUCCCUGCCCGGCUGCGCGUACGCCCCGUCCCUCGGCGUGGGCGCUCUAUCAGCUCCGCCGGCAUCUCCCCUCCUCCUCCUCCUCCUCCUCCCCGCACACCCACACACUUUCCCCGUCCCUCCUCCCCACCACUCCGCAGCAGAGUGCUUUUGCAGCCUGUGCGGCUCCUGAGCAAGGAGGUGUGCUGCUUUUUUCCCCCCUUCUUUUUAUUUUUAAUUUUUUUUUUUCUUUUCUCCGGAGCGGACCUUUUGGAGGAACAGCUGCAGCAGCCGCGGCCACGCCGGGACCGAGCAGGGAGGAUGGCCGGGGGGUGUCUCCCGGGGCUGCUUUUCAUCUUGCACGCCGCGGCUCGCCUGGCCGCCGAGCAAGAAGUUGAAAACCUCUCUGGGCUCUCCCCUAACCCCGAGAAGGACAUCUUCGUGGUGCGGGAAAACCGGACGACGUGUCUCAUGGCCGAAUUCGCCGCCAAGUUCAUCGUCCCCUACGACGUGUGGGCCAGCAAUUACGUGGAUCUGAUCACGGAGCAAGCCGAUAUCCCGCUGUCGCGGGGCGCCGAGAUGAAGGGCAAGUGCGGCACGAAUGAGUCGGAGCUGGAGCUCUCCUGGCUGGACCAAGCGUACACCCUCAAACUCUCCUUCCUGAAGGAGGGGCACAACACGUCCCGGGGCCCGGAGGCGUCCUGGAAGCUCAGCCGGAUCCAGUUCACCUACGACACCUCCGAGCGCACCUACUUCAAGGAUGCCGUCAGCCCCGGGAAGCACACGGCCAGCUCGCACCGCCUCUCGGCCCUGGUGACCCCUGCCGGGCGGUCCUACGAGUGCCAGGCGCAGCAGACCAUCUCCCUCGUCUCCAGCGACCACCAGAAAUCCGUGCAGCUCCUGCUGUCGGAAGUGCGGCUCCAGCCCUUCGACAUCCCCGCGGAUUUUGUCUUCAGUGAAGAACACAAGUGCCCGGUGGACCAAAGGGAGCAGCUGGAAGAAACUCUGCCCCUGAUCCUGGGACUGAUCCUGGGGCUGGUUAUCGUGAUCACCCUCGGCAUCUACCACAUCCACCACAAGCUGACAGCCAGCCAGGUGCAGAUCCCUCGGGACAGAUCUCAGUACAAACACAUGGGAUAGGGAGCAGGACUGAGCAACCCAAGCAUUUAUCAGGUAGAAAAAGCAAAAGCACUUUUUUCUGUGGGCGAGGAAAGGUUCUAGGGCGGCUAAGGAUGGUAUUCACGGCACCUAAUCCUGAGUAUUUCACGGAAACACUCAGGCUAAGGCUUGGCUUUUAACAUAGACUCUGUAAGGAGACUCAGUGUCUGAGGUGUCUGUAGGUGGUUUGAAUACCUUCUCUAAGCAGCUGGGCUGAUCAUCUGGAAACAGAAAUGCUUUACAUGUCAGAAUUUCACACUGGGACCACAAUUAACAUUCUUGUUUUAUUUAUUUUUUCCCUUUUACCCAUCUCAAGAGAUUCUUGCCUCCCUCUGCAUCACCUGUGGAGCAUUGAGCCCUCCACGUUCCUGUCCAUGCAGGAAGCAGGGCUGGGAGAAAGAGCCCUUGCACCGGGCUCAUUCAGGCCUUCUAAUGAAGGGACUCAAAUCACAUCCCCAAGUUUGCACUCAUGUUAAGAAAAGCAUGGCGGCAAAUGCAGGUGUGCUUUGGGGGGAAAAAAAAAAAAUCAAGGUCGGUAACUCCAGCUGUGGAACUGACCUCACACUUGAGACUGAAUGAGGAAAGUUUGUUUUUGCUUCUUGAGCCACAUCUGAAGUAAACUUAGAAAAAAAACCUAAAAAAAAAAGAAAAAAAGUAUUGAUAUACAAAUUAUAAAGUGCCGUGCUACUGCAAGUCAACUGAGAAAUGCUUCUGGCUGGGCAUCCUGCACGUAUUGUGAUUGUGAUUGAGAUGUUACAUUGCUACCUGCAACUGAUAAUUUUCACAACAAAACAAAAAAGAGAAAAAUAAAACAGUAAUGUUAAAGUUACUAUGCAGAUUAUUCAGGUAUAAUCUACUGUAACAGAAAAAAUAUAAGGGAACCCUUGAAAUCUAUCCUUAAAUGUAGACGAUUUUUAAAAUUAAUUAAAACAUGUACAUACAUAAUGCUU